ACAAAUAACAAAAACUGUGCUGAAAGGUCAGACUUCCCAUGAACACGUGAAUGCACCUCUGCAGUUACUAUAGAAACGAAGUACGGCUAAUGUUUGCUAGCUAACGACAGUGUGCUGUCACACAGAGUUUACAGGGAUGUUUUAAAAGAUGGAGGACCGGUUUGCCUUUCUUACUGAGUGGUAUGACCCCACCUCCGCCCUCCUGCGGCGUUACCAACUGUUUUACUACCCCAGAGAUGGCUCAGUAGAAAUGUUUGAUGUAAAGAACCAGCGGAUAUUUCUGAGAAGGACCAAAUACAAUGACAUACAUCAGGAGGACUUAUUUAUUGGGAAUCGAGUGAACGUGUUCUCACGACAGCUACAUCUGAUCGAUUAUGGGGAUCAGUACACAGCAAACAAACUCGGCAGUAAAAAAGAAAGAACGCUUGCUUUGAUAAAGCCAGACGUAGUCACCAAGAUCGGAGAUAUCCUUGAGCUGAUCUACUCCUCCAACCUGAUAGUGACCAAAGCCAAGAUGACAAAGCUCACGUGGAGCCAGGCAGCUGACUUUUACACUGAACAUCAAGGCAAGCCGUUCUUUAAUAACCUAGUGCAGUUUAUGUCCUCGGGCCCGGUGGUUGCCAUGGAGCUGAUGGGUGAUGAGGCCAUGUCUAUCUGGAGGGGGCUCUUGGGAACUUCAGACCCUGCUGUGGCGCGGAGGGAGGCGCCACAGAGCGUCCGUGCCCAAUUUGGAACAGAUGGCAUCAAAAAUGUCGGGCAUGGCUCCGACUCACCCGCUGCAGCAGCGAGAGAAACUGAAUUUUUCUUCCCUUCCACGAUUGGGCACGGUCCCUCUAACACAGCCGCCUUUACGGACUGCACAUGCUGCAUCAUCAAACCCCACGCCAUAUCUGAAGGUCUGGCUGGGAAGAUCCUGAACUCCAUAUCCGCUGGUGGAUUUGAGAUCUCAGCUCUUCAGAUGUUCAACAUGGACCGGGUGAACGCCGAAGAGUUCUAUGAAGUCUACAACGGCAUCGUCACAGAGUAUCCUAACAUGGUGACCGAGCUGUGCUCUGGACCCUGCAUGGCCCUGGAGAUUCAUGGCACAGACGCACCAAAGACCUUCAGGGAGUUCUGUGGCCCUGCUGAUCCGGAAAUUGCACGGCACCUUCGUCCAACCACGCUGCGCGCCCUGUACGGCAAAGACAAAGUGAAAAACGCCGUCCACUGCACAGACCUCCCCGAAGACAGUGUUUUGGAGGUGGGUGGCGCAUGCGCAUGUUGUGCACUCCAUACACUGAAACGACACCCAUAAUGUGUUAGCUGUACAGCUCCUCUCAUUCUUUUCAGAUAGACACGAUGAAGAAACCCUGAGCCCCUGCAUAAAUAAGUACCUCACAUUUAGCGAGAACAAAACCUUCCUGGACUCUAAGGCCAUGUCCAGUCUCAUGAUUGCGCCCUGUGGGCCGGGGCAGCCUCAGAUCACACUGGUUUUAGAAAAGCAAGAAUGGCAGAGGAAUUUGAAACAAAACCAUUGUUUUGCAGGGAGUGGGCCUGACCCAUCGUGCGUCAUUGUUCAGGAAAACUCCUGAUCUGUAGUCUGGACAAACGCCUCCUUGUUGAACAUUAGCCUAUGACUGACUGAGCUGCCAUUUUCCCCUGACUGGAACAGUAGCAAAGAAAGGGCUUGUGCAGAGACAUUUGAGGUGUCAGACAGUGUUAAUUCAUCAGCUGUUACUAUAAAUGUCCCUUAAAUUCCUUUUCCAGGUGCAGUAUUUCUUCAAGAUUUUGGAUGGAUGAAAACCACGUUGAGCUACACAGUCAAACACUUCCAGUUUUCUCAUUUUUCUGUUUAUUGUUCCAGCCUUAUGCAGAUUAAAUAAAGUAACAAGAGCAGACUCCUGACAAGUGUUUUGAUCUUCAACACUGAAUAAAGUAUUUUUUUAACACCAACUAAAACGUAUUACACGGGAUACUGCAUUGCCUCUGAUGUUCUUGAACUUUUUGACCAGCGACUUUGGUAUUAGAUUCAUACGUUACACUUUUGGAAAAAAAAAAAAAAAAAAAAAAAAAAAAUUGUACAACUGCAUAAAUAUAAAAUUCGUCCACCA